AUGGCUGGAAGAUCAGCAAAUGAACGUGUUGAGGUCAAUAAAGCCUUUCGUACGGCAGCUUCAGAAGGUCAUCUUGAUUUAGUCAAGUUUUGUGUUGGUAAAGGCGCACAGAUUGAGAAGCCUAAUGAAGAUUUUGGUGCGACGGCUCUCCUCUUAGCAUCAUCUCAAGGUCAUCUUGAUGUAGUUAAGUACCUCGUUGGACAAGGAGCACAGAUUGACACGUGUGAUAAUACGUAUGGUGAGACACCUCUUCACUCUGCAUCAGGCAAUGGUUACCUUGAUGUAGUUCGGUAUCUCGUUAGUCAAGGAGCACCGGUAGAGACGUUUACUACACAUGGUGAGACCCCACUUAUUGUUGCAUCAUUUAAGGGUCGUCUUGACAUUGUUGAGUACCUCUUUAGUCAAGGAGCAAAUAUAGAGGCGGGCAAUAAUAAUGGUUCGACACCACUUAUCGCUGCAUCACAGAAAAGUCAUCUUGAUGUAAUUAAGUUUCUCAUUUCUAAUGGAGCACAUAUUGAUAAGCCUGACAAAGAUGGUAGGACAGCUCUUCUAACUGCGUCACUUCAUGGUUAUCUUGACGUAGUUGAGUAUCUCGUGGGUCAAGGAGCACAGUUAGAGCAGGAAGAUAAUGGUGGUGUAAGACUUCUUCACUUUGCAUCACAAAGUGGAAAUCUUGGUUUAGUUCAGUACCUCGUUGGUCAAGGAGCAGAGGUAGAGAGGGGAGAUAAUGAGGGUCAAACACCUCUUUACAUUGCAUCAAGCAAUGGACAUCUUGAUGUAGUUCAGUACCUCGUUGGUCAAGGAGCACAGAUAGAAAGGUGCAAUAUUUUUGGUAACACUCCACUUAUUGUUGCAUCACACUUUGGUCAUCUUGAUGUAGUUCGGUUUCUCAAGCGUGAACAAGCACAGAGGAAAGAGGCAUCUCCUGAAGGUAUGAUUCGCAUUUUAACAGUGAUCAUGGGCGGCUAUAUCAUGUCAAAAAUCGAUGUAUUUAUAGAGACAGAGCCGUCAUAA